AUAAAACAAAGGAAAACUCUUGCGUUACAUAUGGCUAUUUAAACAUUUCAGUUUAAAGAAUUUUCCAUACGCCAAUGUAAUAAAAAAGCUGGGUUUCCUCUGUAGAAACUAGACAGGCAAAAGUCUCAGUACCCUUUGUUCACUUUACCUGACAUCAACUUGAGCAAGUCAGGUAAUGAAAUAUUUUCCCCUUCUCCUCGCCCCACCCUCUUCUCUCUCCUUCCCCAGGAGGCUGCAGUUGGAGCUGAAGAUGCAAAGGUCUAACCAUGAGAGAACAUAUGUACUUGCCUCAAUGAUUAUUCCUCCAUAAGCACCUUUGGUGACAUCACAGGAUGGAUGUGGAGGUUGACUGGGAGUCUGAUAAUGACACUUGUGACACAGGUGAGGAGCAUUCAGAUGAUUCCAGCCAUGUCUCUGAACGGACAGGUCGCAAAGCCAGCCUCCAGCUGGAGGUAGAGGAAGAUUACUCACCACCAGCUAGCCCUGUUUGCAGCAUUGCUGGCCCUUCAAUUAGGCAGGAGCUCCCUGUAGAAUUGCAAUGUGAAGAGGAGGAAACCUAUGAAAACUACUACCAGAAACGUGAUCCCGCCACUCCUGCCGUCUGUGUCACUUCCAGCACCAACUUCGACCUUCAGUGUGAAGAUGAGGACUUGGAGCUUUACUCCUCGGAGCACUCUGAGGAACCUCAGGGGGGGUUAAGUGAGGAUGAUGAAAACAUCAUUCUUAUUGAUGCCUUUGGUGAGGAGGACCUGAAGCCCCUUUCUGGAGAAGCUUGGCCUUUUAGGUGCAAGAAGUGUGGGGCCACUUUCCAGGAUCUGGGUGAAUUACAAGAACACAAACAAAUCCAUCUGACAGAACAUUCGUACCAGUGCCCCAUCUGUGGCAAAGAGUUCUUCCGUGCUGCGAACUUGCGAAUGCACAAGCUGAUUCAUUCCAGUGACAGACCACACAAGUGUCCGGAGUGCGACAAGGGGUUCAUCCGCACGGCUGAUGUCUGGAGGCACCUACGCAAUGUCCACAAGAUUGAGCGUUCAAAAAUUUUGGGAAAUGGCAUGGUUAGGAACCCAUGGUCUUCAGUGCACCAGAUCCAAAAUGGUGGCGGAGAUACCUAUCAACAGUGUUCAGAUGACCAAAAGCCUGGAGAAGAACAGUCUAAACCUUACAUCUGUCCAACAUGUGGCAAAGGUUUCCAUAAACCUAAUUUGCUGUCCAAACACAAGGUGAUCCACCGACAGGACAAACCAUAUCAAUGUCAAGAAUGUGGGAAGUCCUUUAUCCAGCUGCUCAGACUGAAAAGGCAUCAGCAAACUCACUCUGGAGAGCGUCCUUUCUACUGUGAGGAGUGUGGCGGGACCUUCACGCGGCUGGCAUCACUACAGCGCCAUCAGCGGAUCCAUACAGGAGAGAAACCCUACUCUUGCUCUUAUUGUGCUCAAGACUUCACAGAGUCAGGCUCUUUGAGGAGACAUGAGCGCACUCACCAAGUGAAGACAUCUUAGAGACUAUAGAAUUGUACCUGCACUAGUGGUUGUUUUGUUUCAUUUCCCUUCUUACUUGAGUGAAACUUGUCCAUGCUUCUUAAACCUCCAUUCUCUACGCACAUAGGUCAGUCCACAGCUACAUUCCACAAGUAUUGCCAAUACAACUCUGAUCAGGAAACAGAGCCUUGUGCGGAACUCCAUGAUCACUACAAGUAAAGACUUCAGAGAAGAAGGAACAGCCCCAAUAGGGUUGAAGAAUGAGGUUAGAGAAGUUGUCCGGCAAACAUGAAGCCCUUUGGAGGUGCUGGACAUCCAUCCCCAAUUGGAUUUCUCUGGGGACAUGUGUUAAGCUGAGGUUUUCCCAAAGAUUGAUAUGUUGAAUAGAACCAUGGCUAAGUCCUGACAGCAAUAUCCAUCGGUUUGGAGGACUGGAAAGUGACUGCUCUCCAGCAAUGGAUUUGGAAAGCUGUCAUUGUAGGCUGUUGCCAGGAUUACACCGUCCACUUGGUCAGGGGUAGCCCAUCUGCACCAAUGUGCAGUCUGUCAUGUUUUAUAAUGAGGUACCUUUAUUUCAAGGAAAAGGAGCAUGUCAAUUGCAAAAUAAUAAUAUCCAGGACUUCAGUAAACUGGAAACUUAAUUAACAGUUGGACCCUUUGUGCACACACUGCUUAUGGAUAUACUGAUCAUUUAUGUGCUUGCAUAACACAUCACAGGAGGGCUGUGAUUGGGAUUCAGAAUGAGAUGAGCCAAUCAUGAAGGACUAUAAGAACAAGGUGUAUUUACAUCCACAGUAAAUCCUAUAUAAGCCCCAUAUAUGACAUUACAGGAUGGAGGUGGAGGUGGACUGGGAAUCCGAAAAUGACACUUGUGACACAGGUGAGGAGCAUUCACACGACUCCAGUCAUUCCUCUGAACUGGUGGAUCACAAAUCUAGCUUUCAACUGGAGGCAGAUAUAAAAAACUUUCAACCAUUCAGUCCUGGUUGUAGCCCUGCUAAACCUUCAGGUAGGCAAGAACUCACUGUAGAAUUGCAGUGUGAAGAUGAGGAAACCUGUAAGAUCUACUACCAGAAGAGAGGUGAGACUAUAGCUGGGGUCUUUGUCACUUCCAGCACCAACUUUGAUCUGCAAUGUGAAGAUGAGAAUCUGGAAUUCUGCUCAUUUGAGGAACCUCAGGAAGAGCUAAGUGAGGAUGAUGAAAAUAUCAUUCUUAUUGACACUUUUGGUGAGGAGGACCUGAAGCCCAUUUCUGGAGAAGCUUGGCCUUAUAGAUGCAAGAAGUGUUGUGCCACUUUCCAGGAUCUGGGCGAAUUGCAGAUGCACAAACAAAUACACCUGACAGAGUAUUCGUACCAAUGCCCCAUCUGCGGCAAAGAAUUCUUCCACGCUGCGAACUUGCGAAUGCACAAGCUGAUUCAUUCUAGUGACAGACCACACAAGUGUCUGGAGUGUGACAAGGGUUUCAUCCACACGGCUGAUGUCUGGAGGCACCUACGCAAUGUCCACAAGAUUGAGCGCUCCUUGGUAGCUUUGGGAAAUGGUACGCGUAGGAACCAGGGAUCAACAGUGCAUCAAGACAAGCAUGGCCAUGGGGACAUUGAUCAUCUGUGUUCAGAAAAUCAAAAGUCUGGGGAAGAAGACUCUAAACCUUACAUCUGUCCGACGUGUGGCAAAGGGUUCCGUAAACCUAAUCUGCUGUCCAGACACAAGGUGAUCCACCGACAGGACAAGCCACAUAAAUGUCAAGAAUGUGGGAAGUCCUUUGUUGAGCGGCUCAAGUUGAAAAGGCACCAGCAGAUUCACUCUGGAGAGCGCCCUUUCUACUGUGAGGAGUGUGGAAGGAGUUUCACCCAGCUGGUGACAUUACAAUGCCAUCUGCGGAUUCAUACUGGGGAAAAACCCUACUCCUGUGCUUAUUGUGGCCGUUGCUUCACAGUGUCUGCUACUCUAAGGAAGCAUGAGCGCACGCACAAAGUCAGGGAUGGGCAAUAAUUUUGUAUGGGGGGGGCCACUCCUGGAAUUGGUGUACUGAUGAAUUGAGAAAAAGGUUGCAUGGCUCACUGUGGUGGUGUAUGUGGGUAUGGUAGGUUGCCUGUAUGGAUCGGUGCCACUUGUGGGUAGGUGGAGAGUCUUUCCUCUUCCCAGCUACUAUGUUACGCUCGUAUAUCUACCAUCUUUCGCAGUGCUUGUUCUUUCCCCUAAGGAUGAAGUAUGGAUCUAGCUGCAGAAUGCAACAGAGAUGGUAUUUUUUAAUGAAAGACUAUUAUUAUAUACAAACUGAGUAUCUGUUCCUGUAGUAUGAAGCAUUUAUAUUUGUCUGUUGGUCUUCCUUCGAUUUGAAGAGGGGUUAUGUGAAAUAGUAUCUCCUACCUUUGAAUGCCUUUGAUUACCAUGGGGAGUUUUCAGCAUCCUGUUUGCAUUUUUACAGAAUGAAAAUACAAAUGUUUAGGAUCAUCAGAAAAUAUUACUCUGCAGCAGUUAAUGUCCCUAAAAGUUGAAAGGGGGAGACUAAAAUUAUUACAAAUUGACCUGCUUGAAUUGUUUUCUGAUCCUGUCCUUGGCACAAGGCUAACUGAAGUGUUUGCUGCCCAUUUGACCUGUUUCCUCUGUGUGCUAGCAUAAUCUUCUGAUGAGAAAGUUGGCAGUGGAAUUGAAUGAAGAUAACAGCAUAUGGUGAUAAUCUAUCCAGAGUCAGGCAACCUGAAUCUUUCAAUGCCAUAGCAUUACUAUCUAACACAGUGCAACUACUCAUUCAUUCCAUCGAUAAAAAUCCAGCAUUCUACCGAGAGGAUGGAGAAGAAGAUCGUAGGCAGAGGUUGAAUCACAAAGUAGUGUCACUAUCAGGAUGAAAGCUCAAAAUUACUACUCGUUAUGUAAAUAGCAAUGGCACUGGUAGAUCACAGACUUUAAACAAACCCUGCCAUGAGACAUGUUUUCAUACAGUGGGCAUGGGCAGAAAUGCUGCUGUUUUGGUUGAAGUGGAAUUAUUAAAUAUGGACAAACAAGGAU